AUGUACGUGAACGAUUGUUUAGCUGUGUUGGGUCAAGUGAGGAAGGGAGUUCAAGGUUCGGAAUAUGAUAAAGAACCCACUCCUGGGUGUUGGGUCACUGAGGAAGGGCAGUCGAGGAGUUCCUGCAUGCUGUUAUCUGGAAAAGUCUGGGAAAAAAUGUUACAACCUUGGCAUCAGCUGAUGCAAUGGAACUAUAGAACAAAGAUGGCACCACGUACAUGGCUCAUGGAGGAACAACUAGCCUUCAAUGCAACUUUUGAGGAGGAGUACCUCACCACCUUUUGGCAACCUUUCUUCAAAAAAUGGGAAGAGCAAUGGCCUGCGAGGGCUUCUGUGUUUCCAGAUAUUCCUUUGGUUCAAGCUCUAACUGCGACUCAAUUAGAGGAAGAAGACCAAUUCAAAACUGCACUUCAGAAGCACUUGACUGUCAAAUUCCGUAAUGAUUAUGGUAAUUCAAAGCCUGGCCACAAGGCAGCUGCAGCAGGCAAUUUGGCUGUCCACAGACUUCUCUCCAAUAUCGUUACAGGACCCACGACCGGUGCCCCCAAUCACAGGAAGACAAAUAUUCAGGUGGUUUGGAAGCACAUCGACCGAUGCUGGAAGAAUGAGUCUGUUGAGGUGAAGCAAGAAAUAUCUCAACUUACGAGAGAGAUGAGGGAAGCAGGACAUGAGGUAGCGAAGGAGCGAAAAUCAUCCAAGGUGGCCAAUGUUAAUGACCUAAUUAUUCCAAGACUCACUGAAAUUCUCUCAACCUUCUUUGGAGAGCUUCAUGAGGCCACAGGAUGGACUUUCAGUGUCCUGCUUGGUGGUCCUGACCCAUCAAACAGAGGUGCAAUUGAUGUCAGCAGCUUGCAUGUAGGGUCAACGAAGCUUGCUGAAGCUGGGACUUCAAAUCAAACAGUCGCCCAGAGUCUUGAGGACGAAGAUCUCCUCCACAUUUCUCCUGCUCCAGACGAUAUUCCCACCAAUGAUUCUCCAAGACCUAUGACCACAGCAGCUGAUACAUUACAUGGUUCACACACCGCAUCCCUACAGCCAGACUUGGCAUCUAUCAUGCCUACCACAGAACUAGGACAAGAAAAGGUAGUUACUGCAUUACCUGAAGAUUUCUUCCAAAACAUGCCCUCUGCUCCUCAAGACAAUGAGAUCGAUCAAGAGCUGAAUAUGCCCAUCCUCUCCAUGCCAGAGGGCUACGUACCCUUCUGUCCGCCACCCCCACUCUCUCUGGACGCUACAUCUACCUCUGGAUCUUUUGAUCUGGAUCUGGAUCUUGAGAGUUUUGAUGAUGCUCUCAAAUCCAUGCAGUCCCAGGACACCAUCACAGGAAUGUUCGACAAUAUCUUUAGAUUUUCUUCACCCACAGCGACUGCCUCUACCACGUCCACCAUCACCCAUUUACCUGCAGUCACUGAUACCAUGCCUGCUAUCACUCCUUUUACCACUCCCUCUGCGACUCCUUGUACCACUCCGGUCGUCACACGUUGCACCAUGCCUGCCACAACUCGUUCACCUGCUUUCGCACCUUCCACAACCCCAGUUGUUACACCUUGCACCACACCUGCCAUCACCCAUUCACCUGUGGUUGCAUCUUCCACCACACCCGCUACAGCACCCUUGCCAGCUGCACCCACAACUCCUGUGACACCAGGAAUGAGGCCUUCUCCUGGGAUGGCGGUUGAUGAACCUCCGGCAAAGCAUCAGAAAAAGGCUCGAUGCACACAUGCAGGAGAGACGGAUCCACCACAGCCUGUGGGCCGAGGAAAAUGGCAACAAUUCCAAUCCACUUGA